AUGGCAUCCCGCCGUAUCACAGCCGCAGCAACGCUGCUAUCCCUCUCAACGCUGGGCCUCGCCAUCCCAGCUCCCGCCUUCCGCUCGCUGGAGCUGUUCGAUCGAAUGCUAUUAGGCCGCGCCGACGGGCCCGCCGAGUGCUCCUACCUCCUCGACGACACCGAGGCCUCCAUGCGAGCCGUCUGGGACGACUCCGGACUCGGUACGGGCAAGUUCCUCGAGGACUGGAUCAAGGAGCACGGCGAGGAAGACUGGAUCAAUAAGAUCGACGAGGAUCUCUACGCCACCGGCGAGUCUAGCUUCUGGUGCAACAGCCUCGGCGGCGCCAACUGCCCGGAUCCGGAUGAUUGCACCAAGUACUUGGAUAAAAAAGUCCCUCAGCUGUACUGGAUCCUCAAGGCCGGGAAGACGCACUAUGAGCUUGCGAAUCAUAUCAACGACUAUCUGCAAACACAGACGAUUUCAGACACACUAGCAAUCCCAGACAUCCAAGACAAGUUCAACAACAACAAGAACGACAAGUCCAACAUCUUCUCCAUCAUAUCAGCAGCCCUCGUGACCGCUAGCGCGGCUGCAGGGCCCGUCCCAGAGCUGUCCGCUCUGCUGACGCUGGGCAUCGGCUCGGUGGGCUUCGGCAACGCGUUCGCACCCGACGAGCUCGACUACACCAAGGAGAUCUCCGACCAGCUCGGCGAGAGCUUCACAGCCGCCGUCGAGGGGCUUUCCGUGAACCUCAACCUCGCCAUGACAGGCCGGGACACGAAGUCGCAAAAGACAACGGCGGACCUGCCCAACAUGUCGGGGCCCUGGAGCACCAACAUCGCCAAGUACUUCGACGGCGGCAAGUUCCUCGUCGCCAACAUCGAGGCCGUGGCAGCGCCCAUGCUGGACAACCUGUCCAAGUUCCUCAAGCAGGGCGCCGUCAACGCCAUCCUGCUACCCCAGGAGUACUUUGUGUACAUCGACACCUCGUACGCGGACUCGGAAUCCUGCGCCGAGGACGGCGGCACGCGCUUCUGGGUCGACGGCGCCGGGUGCGGCGACUUCUGGAAGCUGGACGGCGGCGAGCCGAACGUCAUGGGCAAGGGCAAGAAGGACGAAGAGGUCAACAACAUGAUGGAUAUUAAAUACGGCGGCUUCGACAUAGCCAUCAUGUACGGCAACGCGAUCCAGUGCGCGCGCGACCAUCCAGACGGCAAGGGCGCCAUCGACCCCGACGUCAACAAGCUGCCGACCGACGGCAAGCCCGCGCCGUGCUUCUACAACUACCCCGUCUUCAAGGGGAAGAAGAAGCACGAGUACGGCACGUACUACCUCUGCAACGACGGCGACGACGAUAUCAACACCACGGGGCGUCGGGCGUCGGGGACGUGCGACUAA